CCUUUGACUAUGUUCACCUUUCCUCUUGAAACUUUCGUUUCGGUAGAAAGAAUCGGCUUCCGGUCUCACCCUCAAUAUAUCAAAGAGCGGCAUUACACGUGUCCGUCACACCGACAAGUGACCGUCAAUUUGCAGUCACCGGACCGGGCUGCUCCGAUCUCUAUAUAGCGCUUCGGUGCCCCCUUUCCCGGCGGCAGCGUGUCGUCGUCUUCGAACUCUCUCGAAGCAAUUCCUUCACGCCUUCACUAAGAUUUUAUACGGCAAAGCGAUAACGUUUGGGUUUGUUGGCGAUCUCAAUCUCCAUCUCGAUCUCUACCGGCGCCGAUGAUGCCUUCGGUGCUCGGAGAAAUUCUCCUCCGACGAGCAAUGAUGAUCUCAUCGCCCACUUCCUUACAUGGUGGAUCGUGCUCUCAUCGCCUGAAAAAACUCGAAAAGUGGAAUCGUCGUAGUAAUUUGAGUUGACAAUAAGUGCGGCUAAUGACAGUAGAGUCCUUCUAGGGUUAAGUUACGCUUGUUGGUUUUCGUGCUCAUCUUCUUCUUCUUGCGACGUUCUCCACUUCCAUUUGGACGGAUCGUCAUCCAGAGGCUUUGGACUACAGUUCGUCAUCUGGAGGCUCUAAAACAUAGCUUUGCCUCAUUUGGGUUGGGGUUCUGAAGGUGUUGGAAUUGUUUCUGUCGGGGGUUGCUUGUUUGUCCAGAUCUGGUUUUAUUUUCAAGUUUUUGGUGUGAUUUCCUCUUGCAAUCAGAGUUUUUUCAUCUAUAGCGCCUGGAUGGAGGUACCACAGGCAGUCCAUCCUUUUGCUAAUUCAGUUUCUGAAGAUUCUGGCUUUGAGUUAAAUCUUCGUAGGCUUGGCUGCGAGAUACCUUGCGCUGAAGAUGAUGAACAGUGCGCCUGCACCAAUGUGUCAGAGAAUGUUGUGAAGAAGGUGCAAAGGGCUUCUCACUGCCGCCCUUCUAUAAAAAGAGAUCGUUUUAUUAAUGGAGAAGUUGACGUUGAUGAAAUAUUUCCUCUUCAAAGCUCCCACGAGCAACUUGCUCAACAUAAUCCAGCAUCUGAGGUUUAUAAUUCUGAGGAUAUCAGUGCAUGCAAGGAGUUGAUUAUUUCUGAUUUCAGACAGAGUAAAUGUUUGAUUAAAUCCGCGACUUUCCCAUCCUCUGAAAUAGAGUCGCAAACUGUCUUUUCUCCUGAGAAAGAUGGGGAGUCAUCUAGUACAGCUGCACCAGGUCACAAUGCAUCUGCAGAUCAGCUUCCAGUAUAUAAGCGCUCGACUUCUCUCCCUGCUUCUUCCAAGCUUGUCUCUGCCAUGAAAGGAGGCCGAAAACAGAACGGAACAUCACCUAGGACAAAUAUGCGUGUCAAAUGGGCUGAAGAUGUCUAUGUUCCACCUGCCACUUCUGUGUCACACACCGUGAAGAGCUACACCAUCCAGCGAACCAAGUCCAAGAAAAAGGAUAACCACAGGCAAAAGCACAACAAAGGGAAGAACUCACGUGGGAACGGCAGCGGGAAGAAGUUCCCGAAUCGUGGAAAUGUUGGCGUAAUAUCCUCAUCUUUCUCUGCAAAGUUGCAGUCUGGUGGAGCUAAUGGGUUGGCAUCAAAGACUGAAGAUAUAUUAGAGUUUGUCGGCGGUGGCGCUCAUGAUGCGAAGUGUGGGAGCGUCUUCCUUAGGGAGUCGCUUGCGAAGGUGCAUCUUUCCUUUGGUGAGGCCACUUGAUUAGGGACCAUUUGGUAUCUUUCAGUUAUGACAAAUCUGAGUUGGUUACUGAUGGAUGGUAGUGAUAUGUUUAUAUUCAGUGGUGUUUAGUGCUUGUAUUCGGCUUCAGUGGAUGAACGAGCGACAAUGAUUUGUUUCUUUGCACAUCAUGAGAUGAGAUUGUGGCCAAGGAAAAUACAGUAGCUGGUUGUUGAUUUUCCUCUCUUCAGUGUCUCCUGCCCGUUCAGAAUCUGUGAAAGUUUUGAUGUGUAGUUUUGCGGAUGGCUAGACUGAAGGUGAUCAUUCCUUUGAAGUAAUGUAAUGUUCUUUUGAGCAAUUGGACGUGC